UCAAAUAUUUUUACCUGCAAUUAUUGUUCAGAUAUUAAAGUUUAUAGGUUUUCCACUUAGAUGACUCGUCCACUGCUGAUUGCAUUUGAUUUCGAUCACACAAUCGUGGAUGAUAACACUGAUAUUGUUGUUCGAAAACUCAUGCCAGAAGAAAAACUUCCAGAAUCUGUUAAAGGCUUAUAUCGCUCUGAUGGAUGGACUGCUUACAUGGCAAAGAUUUUUGAUUUACUCCACGCAUAUUCAAUUAAUGAAGCGGAUAUAAAUAGAGCAAUAGACAACAUACCUGCUGUAUCUGGGAUGGAAUCUCUGUUAAGGAGAUUGCAUUCGUUUAACUGUGAUAUUAUAAUAAUAAGUGAUUCUAAUUCUGAGUUUAUAACACAUUGGUUGAAGCAUAAAAAAUUAGACCAUCUAAUAUCACGUGUGUUUACCAAUCCUGCUCACUAUAAUGAUGAUGGUUUACUAAAAAUAGAAAUGUACCACUUUCAAGAUUGGUGUAAAUUGAGUACUCAUAAUCUUUGCAAAGGGCAUAUUUUGGAGCAGUAUAUCAAAGAUUCCCUCAAUAACGGAAUAUCUUUUGAUAGAGUAGCAUACGUUGGCGAUGGGAAGAAUGAUUAUUGCCCUAUCUUAAGACUUUCAGAAAAAGACUUUGCUUUUCCAAGGAUAGGUUAUUCACUUAUAAAAUUGUUGAAUGAUACUGAAGCGAAUAAACAGCAUCAAGUCAAAGCAAAGACGAUCCCAUGGAGCAAUGGUAUAGAAAUUUUAGAAGGACUCGGACUGUCUGUUGAAUAAAAAACAAUCUUUUGUAUUAAUAACAUCAAGUUCACGUGAGAUAGAUAAUUAAUAAAAUCGUCAAUUAAUUCUGUUUGCCAAUCAAAA